GAGAGUGGGCGGAAGCCCUGGCACUAGACUGCUUCUAGCAAUGGCUGACGGCGGCUGCACACCUGUGGCCCGGGCGCUCCUGCAGCAGUGCCUGCACGCCCGAUUGCAAGUUCGCCCAGCGGAGGGAGACGCCGCGGCCCAGUGGGUAGAGAUUCAGAAAGGAUUAGUGAUCUAUGUGUGUUUCUUCAAGGGAGCUGACAAAGAACUUCUUCCCAAAAUGGUUAAUACACUGUUAAAUGUGAAGUUAAGUGAAACAGAAAAUGGCAAGCGCGUCUCUAUAUUGGAUCUCCCUGGCAACGUUCUAAUCAUCCCUCAAGCCACCCUUGGGGGCAGAAUAAAAGGAAGAAACAUGCAAUAUCACUCUAACUCUGGAAAAGAAGAAGGAUUAGAACUUUUUUCUCAAUUUGUGUCUCUAUGUGAAAAAGAAUUAGCUGCUAACAGCAAAUGUGCUGAAGCUGGGGUUGUAGUGGAACAUGGCACUUACGGGAACAGGCAGGUAUUAAAGAUGGAUACCGAUGGACCUUACACACACCUAAUUGAAUUUUGAAAAAUUAAAAAUUACUUUCCACAGCAAUUUUCUAAUAUAUAAUGAUCUGAACUAUAAUUAGAUUUCCUUCCCUUUCAUUUUAAAUAUACUAACCUGCAACUUUUUUCUUCUUUGUGGUAGUAGGGAUUGAAUCCAGGGUCUGGCAUACACUACACAAGUACCCUAUCACUGGGCUAUAUCCUCACCCACAGUCUGCAGCAUUUUUAGACAAGAAUAUCCUGGGUCCCCUAAAUUACUGCAAAUUGCUAAUUAGAUGACUUUGCCAAAUCACCUGAGCUCUAGAUCUCAAUCUUUUGUCCUGCUUUCUUCCACCUUUCCACUUAAAAAUUUGAAAAAUGUUGUCUGUUCAUUUCACUGUCACUAAAAAAAUUUUAAGCAUGUUUUUAAAAUGAUGAAAUGUACACAAUCAAGACAAACACAUUUCUUAUACCCUAAAAUAUAUGCAUAUGUAAUAAAAAUAAAUUUUUGUGUUAAAGUUUCAUAAAUCCACCACAAAUUAUAACUUGGCCAAUUUUAUUAUACUAUUUCAGGUUUCUAGUUUUGUUGUUGUUGCCUUGUGGUAGUGUUGAACCCAGGGCCUUCACAGUGAAUUACAACUCCAUCC